CGGUUAGCGACGGCCGCGCCGAGCGACCCGCCGGCCCGCCUCCGGUAAGCGCCUCCGCCGAGCUCGCGGUGAUUCAUUUUUCCCCCCCGGUUGCGGCCGCUUCCUUGUCGUCGCCCUCUUCGCCUUGGAUCAUGUUCAAGAAAUUUGAUGAAAAAGAAAAUGUGUCCAACUGCAUCCAGCUGAAGUCGUCAGUGAUUAAGGGUAUUAAGAACCAGCUGGUGGAGCAGUUUCCAGGUAUCGAGCCGUGGCUGAACCAGAUCAUGCCCAAGAAAGACCCGGUCAAAAUCGUGCGGUGCCACGAGCACAUAGAGAUCCUCACGGUCAACGGGGACCUGCUGUUCUUCAGGCAGAGGGAGGGGCCCUUCUACCCGACGCUGAGGCUGCUGCACAAGUACCCCUUCAUCCUGCCGCGCCAGCAGGUGGACAAAGGCGCCAUCAAGUUCGUGCUCAGCGGCGCGAACAUCAUGUGUCCGGGCCUGACCUCCCCCGGCGCCAGGCUCUACCCGGCCGCGGCGGACACGGUGGUCGCGAUCAUGGCAGAAGGAAAGCAGCACGCGCUGUGCGUGGGGGUCAUGAAGAUGUCGGCGGAGGAAAUCGAGAAGGUCAACAAAGGAAUCGGGAUUGAGAACAUCCACUACUUAAACGACGGGCUGUGGCACAUGAAGACGUACAAGUGAGCCUCAGGAGACGCGCUGGGGCCCAGGGUGGACCUAGUGCUGGGCCUGUGCUUGUGUCUGUGUGUGACAGCGUGAAGGCAGCACCCCCGUGGUUAGCGAGUCAGCGGACGCUAAACGAAGGGACAAAAGACAAAGUAAAGCUUGGGAACGAAUCCGCCUGUGUGCGUGUGUGUCAUUGUGUGUGUGUGUGUGUGUCUGUGUGAGUGUAUGCCUGUGAGUGUGUUUACGGACGAGUGAUUUGCUGUCUUGUCUGUCCAAGCAGAUACCCGAUCAAACAGGUAAAUUCUCUCUCUGUAUUAAAUUAGAUUUCAAAGCCAAGAGCGUGCAGUUGGGAGAGAGACCGUAGUUGUGAGUGAAAAGUUGGGAGAAGAAAAUGACUGGAGAGAGGCCCUUAAACAACUCUAUUAUUAUGGCCACUUAAGGGAUAAGUGCUAGAAACAGAAAACCCAGUAAAAAGUGUACAGCAGAUCUGAUCGGUUGUCUACCCAGCAAACAUUGCCCCUUCCCUCCUUGCUCGCAGAACUCUGUGCAUCCCUUUUCUACAUGAGUCUGGAAAGGGCUGAUUCGUCUAUUUCCCUCCAGAUUGAUUGACUUAUAUGUGAGGAUGGGGCCUAAGGCCAGCAGGAUCUCACCUGCUUAAGAACCCAUAGAAAGUGAGGGGCUUUUCUUGCAUGGUUUUGAGUCAUUUAUAGGUGGUUAUGUGACCUGUGUUAUGAGGGGCUGCUCAAAGGAGGAUGCGUGGUGAAAAACGGUCUCCCUACUUCGGAUGGACAUUGGCAUGUAUGAUUUUGCUCUUGCCAAACACACAGGCACCCUCGAUAAGUGUAAAGUCUGAACAUGGUAAAAUUGGAAAUGGAAAGCAGUGUUUUAUGAUCUGGUGAUUAAUCAACUAUGGAGACUCCACAUUUUGGGACCUCUGAAGGGGUGUGACAGAAUUCUGUGAGGUAAUCAAAUUUUCUUAUCAAUUACUUCAUUGUUACUUGAGUUUUCUGAAAUUUAAAGCCAAAGGUAGCUCCAUUUUUAUAGGGUGGCAUCAUAGACACCUAACAGAAAAAUAAAGGAGGAUAAAAACAA